CACGCAAGCCGAGGGCAGGCAGCCUUUUAUGUUGCUAGGUGCGGCCAUUCCAUACCUCAAGGGACGCAUUCGUGCCCGUCACAAGGCAGGCUGCCCACUGCGACCAUGUGUUCCAUCGAUAGGCAUACCUAGGGGCAGCAAUGAGAGAUGCAUAGGCUGCCCAUCCAGCUAUGGCUCGUCGCCGCCUGUGCAAGAGCCUCACUCGAAGGCUGGAAUAGCAUCUGUGCCGACGGCUCACGAUUUAAAGUAAAACGCUGCUCUGCGGACCUCGCAGAAACUAUCAGAGGAUGCGGCGGCCGCCGCCUGGUGCCAGCGACGAAGUGCACGAACCUCGCCGUCGCGGGAGCAGCCUCGCAGGCGGUAAAUUGGGCGUUGAUGCUAGCUGGUGGGCUGGCGCAACACGUCCAUACGCGCACCGUGGCAUCGCUGCUCACCGUGAAGGAUUUCUCGAGGAACAGUCGUCCGAAAGGCAUGAGUGGGCCACAGUACCGCAAGCGUCCGCUCCUUGGUCGCAACGACGUCGGGAGGCCUACGUGCUUCUUCUGGACCCUGCGAGAGCCGGCGAAGCGAAUUGAAAGCGGCUAUCGGCACGCAGUCCAGUUGAUGGCAUCUCACCCGCUUUUCUCAGUGCGACGUCCGCCGCCGCUCGACGAUCUCAUGGCAGCGUGGCGCGCCAACGCGACCCGUCGACCAAAAGCGAUACAAGAAAACUUCAUGCGGACCCAGAUCGGCUAUCUACGUGGAGGCAUCGAUCUCUGUCGGCGAAAGGCGAUACAAAUCGUGCCCCUCUGCACGGAAACGCUGACCGACGACUGGGCCGCCGCGGCCACGCGGGUCCUCGGCGAUCCGGAUGCGAGGCUGCCGCAGGCGCACGCGCGGGCGAUCGAUAGCGACCCGCGGCUGCAAAGUGAGUCGACGCUCUCGUACGAGAACAGGCGCUGGGUCAAUAGAGAGGUGUUCCUCGCGGACCACGUCGUCUGGCGAGUCUUGUGCGGCGGCCGAAAUGCAUCGACCCCGUAUGCACCGACGAAGACUCUGAGUAGACGGCCUCCGACUCGUUACACGGGCCGCUGCAGCCGCCCACACAAUCGACACUUGCCC